AUGGGAAAUAUUUAUCAAGACGUUCAAAACGAUGAAAAACAUUCUCUUAGACUACAAUAUCAGAUUAAAGCUGAACCAAUGGAUAUGGAUUUACCUGAAGACGAUGAAGAGCCACCAGCUUUCGGUCCAGCGGCAUUGGGCCUUCAUAGAGUUGGGACAAAAUUGCCGCCAAAACCAGCACCUAGUGAACCUAUGCAAAAAUUAAAUGCCAGAGGUAUGCCAGCCCGAAUACGAAAGAAAAAUAGAUUUAUAUUUGUUGAUGACUUUGUUAAUACAUCUCCACCAAAACAGUCUCCAAAGAGGACUCCUAAGAUAUUAACAAAAACACCAAGUAAGCCGGCUAGUGCAAAGAAACAGAAGUCGCCAAUGAAAACGCCUAAACACAAUGAGAAGAUUGAAGAGAAGUGUGUAAAUCAAUCACCGGACCGUAAGAGUGGACAGAGGAUAGGUAUGAGGUUAAGAAAUCUCUUGAAGUUGCCUAAAGCACACAAAUGGGUGUGCUUUGAAUAUUUCUAUAGCAAUAUUGAUAAGGCUCUGUUUGAUGGAGAAAACGACUUCAUGAUUUGUCUUAAAGAAUCAUUUCCCCAGCUCACUAAUAAGAAGCUAACUCAGGUUCAAUGGGCCAAAAUAAGACGCAUGAUGGGAAAACCAAGGAGAUGUUCACAAGCUUUCUUUGCCGAGGAACGAAAGGAAUUAGAAAGGAAAAGAAAACUUAUAAGAUAUAUUCAGCAAAGGAAAAACGCUGAUAUAUGUGUCAAAGACUUGCCUAAUGAGAUACCUAUGCAAUUAGUUGUAGGAACAAAGGUCACAGCAAGACUGCGCAAACCACAAGAUGGCCUGUUCACUGGCUGUAUUGAUGCAGUGGACACAUCAAAUAAUACAUACAGAAUAACAUUUGAAAGACCUAAAUUAGGUACACACUCUGUUCCAGAUUAUGAAGUCCUUUCAAAUGAUCCUCCUGAUACAAUAAGUUUAUCAAGUAUGACUCAAAAAUUCAGGCCACGCUAUGUCAUGCAAGAAAUCUUUAGUCUCUAUCAACCAACCAUCCCUAAUAAAAAUACGAGUCAAGGCGAUCCCAUGAUGGGAUGUACGGAUUUGACAAAACAUCUUGAUUCACAUCUAGGGAGUUAUCCUUUCACGUUACUUGAAUUGAUAGUUAAACUAACAAAGAUAUUACAGGCAAAGAAAUGUAAAAUAAACAAGUUGAAAGAGUACAACUGUGAAGCUGAGAAGAGGAAGUCAUUUGGUCAAAGAAUGCCUGAGGACUUUGAAAGGAAAUACGCUUCAGUUGUGAUUGACCUCGAACGGAUGAACAUGGACUUGCAGGAAUACAUAAAUAAAAUACAAGUAUACUGUCAACAGAUUGCUCCAGGGCCUAGUUUAGCGGCGAUGUUGGCACCUUCACACUUGAGGGAAAAAUGUCGUGAAGAAGCUGCCUUACUAGUGGAGAAAAAUAAUAACGGCUCCAUCAAAGACAAUAACAUCAUUGAACUGAUAACUGAUCUCACAGCCCUGAUGUUGCAAGUUAAAAGCUUAUCUGACUCGGACCAGAAUGCUUACGAGUUGAGUGUCUUACAAGGAACUAUGGAUCAGAUAAAGACGAAACUGGAGCCGCAAUAUCAGAAGUUAUUCCAAACUCAUGUUGAAUUACACAUGCAGAGGAUCCAAAUGGGCUUAGGGCAAAUGAUAACUAGCAGUUAUGUCUCCAGUACAUAG